UGAAUCUUUUAAAUCCGAUUCGUUGAUCGUUACAGGCGUUUUUCAGACUGAAUCUCGGAUGCUUUGAGUUCUGCAUCGAUCAUUCAUCGAUAUUUGAAUGUGUUUGAUGAAGAUGAUGUUGAGCAGCUCGCUGUAUGUGGGCGAUCUGGAGCCGGACGUGACUGAAGCCAUGCUGUUCGAGCGCUUCAGGUCGGUCGGUUCGGUUCAGUCGAUCCGAGUCUGUCGGGACCGAAUCACUUGCCGCUCGCUCGGAUACGCGUACGUCAACUUCGAGCGACCCGCAGACGCCGAGCGAGUGUUGGACACCAUGAACUUUGACCUGAUGCGGGGUAAACCCAUGCGUCUGAUGUGGUCACAGCGAGACCCUUCACUGAGGAAGAGCGGCGUGGGAAACGUCUUCAUCAAGAACCUGGAGAAAUCCAUCGACAGCGAGGGCCUGUUCGACAUCUUCUCAUCCUUCGGAAGCAUCCUGUCCUGCAAAGUUGCCUGUGAUGGAAAUGGAUCGAAAGGCUUUGGGUUCGUGCACUUUGAGACGCAAGAAGCUGCAGAAAAAGCCAUCGAGAAAUUAAACGGCAUGUUGAUCAAUGAGCAGAAAGUGUUCGUCUCACACUUCAAGUCUCAAAAGGAGCGUGAGGUCGAAAUGCAGGCGAGAAACAGAGAGUUCACGAACAUUUACAUCAAGAACUUCGGGAAGGAUGUGGAUGACAAGAUGCUGACGGAGAUUUUCAGUAAAUUCGGGCCGACCCUGAGCGUUCGGGUCAUGACGGAUGAGAAGGGAAUGUCGAGAGGAUUUGGUUUCGUCAGCUUUGAGAAUCACAGCGAUGCCAAACGGGCGGUGGAGGAGCUGAACCGGACGGAGCUGAACGGCAGGCUGGUGCUCGUGUGCCGAGCUCAGAAGAGACGAGAGCGGCAGGCGGAGCUGAAGCGGCACUUCGAGCAGAUCAGGCAGGAGCGCAUGAUGAGAUAUCAGGGCGUGAAUCUGUACGUGAAGAAUCUGAGUGACAGCGUUGACAGCGAACGGCUGCUCAGAGAAUUCUCUCCGUACGGAAACAUCACCAGCGCUAAGGUGAUGACAGACGGCGGCCGCAGCCGAGGCUUCGGAUUCGUUUGUUUCUCGUCUCCCGAAGAGGCCACCAGAGCCAUCACUGAGAUGAACUGCCGCAUCAUCGACUCCAAGCCCAUAUACGUGGCUCUGGCUCAGAGGAAGAAGGAGCGUCAGGCUCUGCUCAACCAGCAGCACGUGAUGAGACGCCAGCAGCACGAAACACACGCCGAGCAGGUUCCGUAUUUCUCCUCAUAUCACGUCACUCAGCCUCAGUUCGGCUCUCAAUGGGACACACAGAGCGUCAGUCCUCACUUGAAUCAGUCUCUCUGUUUGGCCGUGAGCGCAGCACCGCAGCACAUCUACACUCCUGAAGUUUACGAUCAUCACGAGUUCACAAGCAAACCGCAGCAGCAGUGGACUGUUCAACAGGUCCAGGAGUGUCUGAGCUCAUCUGUGUCCAGCUCAGCAGAAAAGCAGGCGCUUGGUCGCAGUCUCUUCCCGCUGGUGCAGGACGCGGUGGGGCCGCUGGCGAGUAAAAUCACCGAGAUGCUGCUGGAGACGGACGAGUCGGAGCUGCUGCAGCUGCUGCGCUGCCGUCAGUCUCUGUGCAUGAAGGUGAACGAAGCGCUUGCUGUUCUUCAGUCUCAUCAGACGAUGGAAGAGGCUCAGAUCAUCAGAUCAUCCAGAUAUUCAUAUCAAUGACUGCACACAGAUUUAUUCAUUUUAACAUUAAUUUUGUAAUAUUAAUUAACUGAACAAUUUAGUCUCUAUUAAAAUAUUCUGCUGCAACAUAAAUAAAUAGGCUAAACGUGCUUUUGCAAGGCAUUUUUAUUUAUUGAUUGAUUGAUUUAUUUGCAUAUUGUUUAAAAUCACAGUUUCACACUUCAUUUUGUACAUUAAAGUUAAAGUUGAGUCAGGAGGAUGAAUGCAAUAAAAAGCUAUUAUCACUAAA